AUGUCAACAAUCGGCACAACAACAAUUCAAACAACUACAGCACCAAACUCGCUAGUCAUGAAUCCAACAUCUAUGUUAGUAGAGAUGAAAAGCUUCAUUCCUUCUUCAUAUACUUUCGAAACAGAAAUCCAGAAGAUAAAGCAAGAACUUUUAACAAGUAAUUUAGACUGUAGUGCGAAAGAUGAAACAAAUGAACAGUAUCUUUAUGAAAUGCAGGACAUUAUUGACCAUUUACCAAAUUGCCUGAAAUCCAACAACAAAAACUCACUAUUCCUGAAUUCGACGAAAUAG